AACACCCUCUUUGUAACUCCCACAUCAUGCAAAAAGCAGUGGCAAUCACGGCGCGCGGCGCCCGCAAUGUGGUCCCUCGACCCCUCCCUACGUUGCUAGAUGACGGCCUUUUGGUCAAGACAGUCAGCGUGGCUCUGAACCCGACCGACUGGAAGAGCGCUGACCGGGGACCCCCUGGUCUCGUCAUCGGAAACGAUUUCUCUGGUAUCGUGGAAGAAGUCGGCAAAAACGCCAAGAAGCAGUUCCGCAAAGGAGACCGCGUCUGCGGCUGGGUGCAGGGCUGCAAGCUCAACAACCCGGACAGUGGCGCCUUUGCCGAGUACUGUAUCCCCAAAGCCGAUCUGCAGAUUGUGAUUCCCGACCGUCUCAGCUUCCAGGAGGCGGCGACUCUCGGCCUGGGAACCAUCACCGUCGGUCAGGGAUUAUACCAGAGCCUGAGGCUUGCACCCCCCGACGCGCCGCUCACCAAACCCGAGUUGCUUCUGAUCUAUGGAGGCUCCACAGCGACAGGUACCCUGGCCAUCCAGUAUGCCAAGUUGUCGGGAUACACUGUCUUGACGACCUGCUCGAAGCAGAACUUCGAUCUCGUCAAGAGUCUUGGGGCCGAUGCUGUCUUCGACUACAAGGACCCCGGUGCCAUCCAGGCCAUCAAGGAGUAUACCCAAGAUGGGCUAAAACUGGUGUUUGACACGGUCGGCGGAUCUGACUUCUGCGGCCAAGUGAUUUCCAGCCAAGGUGGUCACUAUUCGGCCAUCGUGUACGAGGCGGUGGAUCGCGACGAUGUGGAAAACGGCUUCACUUUGGGCUAUACGGCCUUUGGCGAGGACUUUGACACAGGCAGUCGGGUCCUCCCGGCCAAGCCCGAGGAUCGGGAGUUUGCGGCUGAUUUUAUGAGCAAGGCGGCCGUCCUGCUGGCCGAGGGCAAGAUCAAGCCUCAUCCGGCCAAGGUGGGAGCGGGGGGGUUGCAGGGGGUUUUGGAGGGUUUGCAGGCCAUGAAGGAUGGGAAGGUCAGUGGGCAGAAGUUGGUGUAUAACGUGGAAGAGACGCCAUGACGUCUGCACCAGUCUUGGUCUGUACAUGAGACGGACUAGAUAUAGUUCUCCAUAUUUGGAUAACCUAACUACUAUGCAGCAUAUAAUAAUCAGACAACAUACGCGAAUCAUGUAAUAGACUAAAGCGAGCUAGCUGCCGGGUACCUCACUGGCUAUUGAGGCAAUGGUUAAAGAGAUUGUCCGUCGAGAUCUUCGUAUCUAAUUUGCGUUGGAUGUAUAUUUACUUAGGCAAGGAGGAG